AUGCAAGGGGAAGCUAACAAGAACAGCAACUCUGUCACCGAACCCACGGCCAAGCCGCCAGUGACAAACCCGAAGGGCUGCACGGUCUUCGGGCCGCUGUCCCUUCCUUCCCCCACCUCCCCCCGCGGCCCGGCCCCGCGUCCAGCCGCCUCUGAGACCCCUGCCCCCACCGCCACUCACCGGCUCCACGUGCACCUCGGCCCGGGCGUGCACGCCCACCGGCCCGCUACUUCCGCCGCGGACGAGCCUCCUCGGCCACCGUACCGGCCCAAAGCGGAGGGGAAACACGGCCAGAAACUCAGGUUAAAAAUUAAAUUUGAAAGAACUAUCCGGGGCAAAGAAGCGUGCACAGGGGAGAUGCAGACCCUGAAAGUCUCCAACAUGCAGCUUGCUCGAGUUAUUCUGUUACUUUUGUGCUUCAACUUAAGUUUCUGCAAGGUAACUUUGACCUCAGACACAUCUCAAGAGGAUCUGGUGGACAAAAAGUGCUUAGCUGAAAAAUACACACAUCUCUCCUGCCAUAAAGUCUUCUGCCAGCCGUGGCAGAAAUGCAUCCAAAACGCCUGCAUUUGUAAACUCCCUUACCAGUGCCCAAAGAAUGGCACCGCAGUGUGUUCCACAAACGGGAAAAGCUACCCAACCUACUGUCAGCAAAAGAGUUAUGAGUGUCUUUAUCCAGAGGCAAAGUUUUUAAACAGUGGGAAAUGCACAGCUAAAGGACAAUUUAAUGUUUCCUUGAAGUACGGCAAUAGUGAUUCAGAGGGAACUGUUGAAGUAAAACUUGUAGACCAGGAUCAGAAAAUGUUCAUUUGCAGUGACAGCUGGAGCAUAACAGAGGCCAACGUGGCCUGCCUUGACCUUGGAUUUCAACAAGGUGCUCUUGAUACUCAAGGAGACUUCCAUAUUCCUGAAGAGCUCCAUGCAAGUCCCACUGAAUGUCUGCAGGUGCACUGUCGAGGAUUCGAGUCCAGUUUGGCUGAAUGUACUUUUACUAAGAGACUAACUAAAUCUCACCAGGGUUUAGCUGGUGUGGUGUGUUACACACAGAAUGCAGUUUCUCCAACGAAUAACUCCUUUCAGUGUGUGAAUGGGAAACUCAUCCCUCAACAGAAGGCCUGUGAUGGUGUCAAUGACUGUGGAGACCAGAGCGAUGAGCUGUGCUGUAAAGGGUGUCGAGGAGGAAGUUUCCUUUGUAAAUCGGGUGUUUGUAUUCCACCCCAGUACAAGUGCAAUGGUGAGGUGGACUGCAUUACCGGAGACGAUGAAACUGAUUGUGCGGGAACUGGACAUCCUAAAACUAAAGGCAAAGUUGCACAUUUGGCUCAAGAAGAAACAGAAAUGUUGACGGCUAAUAUGGAUGCAGAAAGAAGACGGAUAAAGUCACUGCUCCCUAAACUAUCCUGUGGCGUCAAACCCAGCACACACACCACGCGAAGGAAACGAGUGGUCGGGGGACAGCCAGCACGGGUGGGAGACUUCCCGUGGCAGCUGGCACUUAGGGAAGAUGAGAGAUUCAACUGUGGAGGAAUUUAUAUCGGUGGCUGCUGGGUUCUGACUGCUGCUCACUGUGUCAGAGCCAGUAAAAUUCACCGUUACCAAAUAUGGGUAUCAUUAAUAGACUGGAUAAGUUUUAACAGGGAGAUAACUGUUCAGGGGGUCAAUAAAAUUAUUGUCCACGAAAACUACAAUGGAGCCACCUUCCAAAAUGACAUAGCUUUGAUUGAAAUGAAAAAACGUCGAAACCAAAAAGAGUGUGUGCUGCCUACAACCGUCCCUGCCUGUGUUCCCUGGUCUCCACAUUUAUUCCAACCUAAUCAUAAAUGCAUCAUUUCUGGCUGGGGCCGAGAAAGAGAUAACCAGAAAGUCUUUUCACUUAAAUGGGGUGAAGUUCACCUAAUCGGUAACUGUUCUGAGUUUUACCCUGGUCGGUACUAUGAAAAAGAAAUGGUCUGCGCAGGUACAGAAGACGGCUCCAUUGAUGCCUGUAAAGGGGACUCUGGAGGUCCCUUGGUCUGUCAGGAUGCCAACAACGUGACUUAUAUUUGGGGUAUUGUGAGCUGGGGUGAUAACUGUGGAAAUCCAAAUUUCCCAGGCGUUUACACCAAAGUGGCUAAUUAUUUUGACUGGAUUAGCCAUCAUGUGGGAAGGUCUCUUAUUUCUCAGUACAAUGUAUAAAACUGCGAUAUAAAGCUGUGAUCUCCUUCUUUCUACUCAUUUUCUCUCGGGUUCCAUUUUAAUUGAAAAGGUACUUACUGCAUCAUUAGUACU